GGAGGAUUGGGGGAAGUGUGGAAAAGCUGAACCCGAGCCGCUGCUGCCUGAGAAAGAUUUGGUGGGAGAAGUAGAAGGGAAGAAAGGGGUGGAGGGUGAGGUGAGCAGAGCAUCUGGGUCGCUGCUCCUGGGCAGCACAAAGUUCUUCGCAAUGUGGCUGAAGCCUGAGGAAGUGCUCCUGAAAAAUGCGCUGAAGCUGUGGCUGAUGGAGAGGUCCAACGACUACUUCGUGCUGCAACGGCGUCGGGGCUACGGGGAGGAAGGCGGAGGGGGGCUCACAGGGCUUAUCGUUGGAACUCUUGAUUCAGUCUUAGACUCCACUGCUAAAGUAGCUCCGUUUCGCAUCUUACACCAGACACCAGAUUCUCAGGUUUACCUGUCAAUUGCAUGUGGAGCCAACAGAGAAGAAAUAACCAAACAUUGGGAUUGGUUGGAACAAAAUAUCAUGAAGACUUUAUCUGUGUUUGAUUCAAAUGAAGAUAUUACUAAUUUUGUCCAAGGAAAGAUAAGAGGAUUAAUUGCUGAGGAGGGAAAACAUUCUUUUGCAAAAGAAGAUGAUCCUGAGAAAUUCCGAGAAGCCCUUUUGAAAUUUGAAAAAUGUUUUGGUUUACCAGAGCAGGAGAAGUUAGUGACUUAUUACUCAUGCAGUUAUUGGAAAGGACGGGUUCCUUGUCAGGGCUGGCUCUAUCUUAGCACCAACUUUCUGAGCUUCUAUUCUUAUUUGUUGGGAUCAGAAAUAAAACUCAUUAUCUCCUGGGAUGCAGUCUCAAAACUUGAAAAGACUUCAAAUGUUAUACUAACAGAGAGUAUUCAUGUGUGUUCCCAAGGGGAGAAUCACUACUUUUCAAUGUUCUUGCAUAUUAACCAAACAUACCUUCUCAUGGAACAGCUGGCAAACUAUGCUAUAAAGAGACUUUUUGAUAAGGAGACAUUUGAUAAUGACCCAAUCCUUGAAGAUCCUCUACAAAUCACCAAAAGAGGUCUGGAAAAUCGAGCCCACAGUGAGCAGUUUAAUGCUUUUUUUAGGCUGCCCAAAGAAGAGACUUUGAAAGAAGUACAUGAGUGUUUCUUAUGGGUACCAUUCAGCCACUUCAAUACUCUUGGAAAAAUGUGCAUCUCAGAAAACUAUAUCUGCUUUGCUAGCCAAGAUGGCAAUCUAUGUAAUGUAAUCAUUCCACUACGAGAGGUCUUAGCGGUAGACAAGACAAAUGAUUCCAGCAAACCUGUCAUCAUUAGCAUCAGAGGAAAAACAGCUUUUCGCUUCAGUGAAGUUAAGGACUUCGAGAAACUGGUGGCAAAACUGAGGCUCAAGUGUGGGGCAGCUUCAACUCAAUAUCAUGAUAUUAGCACUGAGGUUCCUAUUAGUUCUGAUUCUGCAGACCCAUCUGAUAAUAUUGAGGUCCUAUCUCUGACAUGUAAGAGAGAAUGCAGUAGAACUGUGAACACCGAAGCCUUAAUGACAGUAUUUCACCCUCAGAAUUUGGAGACUCUUAAUUCCAAAAUGUUGAAAGAAAAGAUGAAGGAACAGUCAUGGAACAUCCUAUUUGCAGAAUGUGGGCGUGGUGUUAGCAUGUUUCGGACCAAAAAGACUCAAGAUCUGGUUGUAAGAGGGAUUCCAGAGACCUUAAGAGGAGAGCUGUGGAUGCUUUUUUCAGGUGCCAUUAAUGACAUGGCUGCUAAUCCUGGCUAUUAUGCUGAAGUGGUUGAGCUGUCCUUAGGGACCUGCAACUUGGCUACUGAAGAAAUUGAGCGUGAUUUGCGUCGCUCCCUGCCUGAACACCCAGCCUUUCAGAGUGACACUGGCAUAUCUGCUCUGAGGCGGGUACUCACUGCUUAUGCAUAUAGGAAUCCCAAAAUUGGAUACUGCCAGGCAAUGAACAUUUUGACUUCAGUGUUGCUUUUGUAUGCAAAAGAGGAAGAAGCUUUUUGGCUUCUGGUUGCUGUAUGUGAACGAAUGUUGCCUGAUUAUUUUAAUCGUCGAAUCAUUGGAGCCUUGGUAGAUCAAGCAGUCUUUGAAGAACUUAUCAGGGAUCACUUUCUCCAGCUGACAGAACACAUGACUGAUAUGACAUUCUUUUCCUCAGUUUCUCUAUCAUGGUUCCUCACACUUUUUAUUAGUGUGCUACCUAUUGAAAGUGCAGUGAAUGUGGUAGACUGUUUCUUCUAUGAUGGAAUAAAGGCCAUUCUACAACUGGGAUUGGCAAUACUUGACUAUAAUUUAGACAAACUGCUGGCAUGUAAAGAUGAUGCUGAAGCCGUGACAGCUUUAAACAGGUUCUUUGACAAUGUCACUAAUAAGGAUAGCCCAUUGCCUUCAAGUGUUCAGCAGGGUUCAAAUGUGAGUGAUGAAAAAAGCAGUCAUGUUAGAGUGGAUAUUACAGAUUUGAUUAGAGAAUCAAAUGAGAAAUAUGGCAAUAUUCGCUAUGAAGAUAUAUACAGCAUGCGCUGUCGAAAUAGGUUGUAUGUGAUACAGACCCUAGAGGAAACGACAAAGCAGAAUGUGCUGCGUGUUGUAUCACAAGAUGUGAAAUUGAGCCUUCAUGAACUGGAUGAACUCUAUGUCAUCUUUAAGAAAGAGCUGUUUUUUUCUUAUUAUUGGCAUUUGAGUCAUCCAGUAUUGAAGCAUCAUGACCCUAGUCUGCCGUAUUUGGAACAGUAUCAGAUUGACUGCCAGCAGUUUAGAGUGUUGUAUCACUUGUUGAGUCCCUGGGCUCAUUCUGCAAACAGAGACUCACUAGCUUUAUGGACAUUCAGAUUGUUGGAUGAAAACUCUGACUGCCUUAUAAACUUCAAAGAAUUCUCCUCUGCAAUUGACAUAAUGUACAAUGGAAGUUUUACUGAGAAGCUUAAGCUGCUUUUUAAGCUGCAUAUUCCUCCAGCUUAUACUGAAGUGAAAUCUAAGGACGCUUCAAAAGGAGAUGAACUUUCCAGGGAAGAAUUACUUCAUUUUAGUCAGCUCCAUGUUUCCAAGCCUACAGAUGAGAAAGAAGGAGAAUCAGUAAAAAAUGGUCCUGAGAAAGGCAAAGGAAAAGUUGAUAUUCAAGCAUAUCUAAGUCAAUGGCAAGAUGAGCUUUUCAAAAAAGAGGAAAAUAUUAAAGAUUUACCAAGAAUGAAUCAGUCACAAUUUAUUCAGCUUUCAAAGACCCUAUAUAACUUAUUUCAUGGGGACCCUGAAGAAGAAUCAUUAUAUCAAGCCAUUGCUACUGUAACCAGCCUUUUGCUCAGGAUGGAAGAAGUUGGAAGGAAACUACAUAGCCCUACAUCAUCAGCCAAAGGAUUCUCUGGUACAGUCUGUAAAGGGAAUACAGAGAGCCACUUGGAGAAAGAUCUCUCCUCUCUCAGGGAAGAACCUCAGUGGUCAUUUUCAUUUGAACAGAUUCUUGCAUCUUUGUUGAAUGAACCAGCAUUGGUGAGGUUUUUUGAGAAACCCAUAGAUGUAAAAGCUAAACUAGAAAAUGCAAAAACCUCUCAGUUAAGUUCUAGAACCAAGAUGUAAAUCUCUUAACAGGAAUUGCCUAUCAUAGGCAAGUUUAGCAAGAUUCCUGGAGCUAUCAACUUGAUUCCUAGGAGUUGGGAUCAGGGAUUCAUCUUGUUGCCAAUGUGUUUGAAGGUUAAGAAAAACGAUUUUUGGAAGCACAGUUGUUUAUUUCUUUGUGGUAAUCUCUAGUUUUGAUAUUCUCCAAUACAAAUGUACUUUUUAUAUUUCACAAGAUAAUGCAAUAUCAGGGGUAUAUUCUUAAUCUGAACCACCAGGGGGCACUACUGUAUCACUUUUAGUAAGGAAAUUACCAGUUUGUGCUGCUAUUUACAUAUGAAUUACUGGUGAUUUUGAAAAUGUGUUAUGUUUGAGUAUUAGUAAUGCUGACAUGUCAUAUCGAUAAACACUGUUUUCCAAACUGCCUCGGUCCUGUUAGAAUACUUUAGAAACCAGGCUCUUAGAUAUAUAGCCUUAAUUAUCUAGAAGAUUACCGUAAGGGGGCCUCAUUUUUCAAGUCAUCUAACUGAAAUAAUCUUUUUAAAGUUAAUUUCAUUUAGUCUUCUAAUAACAAAGGGUUUUUUAGUAAUUUAUGCAAUUCUUCCUACCAGAGCAGUUCAGAAGCUGCUGACUCACUUUUUUUUUU